AUGUCUACUUCCAACCCAAAGAAAUUUUAUGCGUUCUCCGACUCGAAUAACACGAUCAACACUAUUUCCGUUAACAAAAUUGUUCGUUCUCUAUUGAUAGACAAAAAGUAUUUUUGGUAUACGGCAGGUUUAUUAUUGGCCGGAGAAGCAAUAUUAAACUUAUUGAUAAUUAAAUAUGUAGCAUAUACCGAGAUAGAUUGGGUUGCUUACAUGCAAGAAGUUUCAGGAUUUCUUGAUGGCGAGAUAGAUUACCUGAACUUAAAGGGUGAUACUGGACCAUUAGUUUAUCCAGCUGGAUUUUUGUACUUCUAUUCUGCGUUAUACUACAUCACAUCGGAAGGUGCUGAUAUAAAAUUAGCACAGUAUAUAUUUGCUGGUAUUUAUAUUAUUACGUUGGCUAUUGUUUUUGCAAUUUAUAGUCGUUCUGAGAAGAUAUCACCCUAUGUUUUGACUAUCUUAUGUCUCUCCAAAAGAAUUCAUUCAAUAUUCGUAUUGAGAUUAUUUAAUGAUGCAAUUACGAUGGCAUUUUUAUACGCUAAUAAUAAUUGUGCUUCUAACAGUUUAGCAUUAUCGAUAAAAAUGAAUGUUUUGUUAUUCUUUCCGGCAUUUGGACUUGUACUCUAUAAAUCAUUAGGCGCAUGGAAAACAUUAAAUCAUCUUUUACUUGUUAUCAUAAUCCAAAUAAUAAUUGCAUUUCCUUUUCUGUCAACGUUUCCAUCUUCCUAUAUAAAUAGAGCUUUUGAAUUUUCGCGUGUAUUUAAUUAUAAAUGGACCGUCAACUGGAAAUUCUUGGAUCCAAGCACAUUUGUUAAUCCAGAAUUUGCUAAGCUUUUACUAUUGGGGCAUUUUUGGGUAUUGGCAGCAUUCUUAUUUGGUAUAUGGUGUCGCACUGAAAAUGGAGUGUUGGCCGUGUUAAAACGUGGAUUUAUCAGAAAAAGUAAAGAAGUGAUUUGGGAUGAUACGGUUACAGCUGAUCACAUAACGACAUUAAUGUUUACGAGUAAUUUCAUUGGCAUUAUAUUUUCACGUACAUUGCACUAUCAAUUUUAUUCUUGGUAUUUUCAUAGUUUGCCAUUUCUAUUAUGGCAUUCCGUUAAAAUUCCAAUUGUGUUUAGAUUUGCUUUGAUUGGCUCAAUAGAAUAUUGUUGGAAUGUUUAUCCAGCAACUAGUGAAAGUUCACUGUUGCUAUUGUUUUGCCACAUGUUGGUGUUGGCAGGAUUAUGGAGUGGUGAGGCUGAAGGUAUUCGCUAUAGACAUAGUUAUAAUAAUCCAUCACGUCAAGAAGUAAAAAAAAUCGAUUGA